UGUCGUUUAUUUUAAAAAUGUCUCACUCUCACGGGUACAGAAGCAGUACGAGUCCCCAUUCAAGAUCGGAGAGCCAUUUGAUGAACUACAUCGAAGAGUUCACGGACGCUGAACUUAUUAAGCAGGUAAACGAUAUUAAACAACAAAUAAAGAUACUCUCUCUAGAGAACGAAAUAUUUGAACGCGUAAUCAUGAGGUUGGACCCAGCUUUGAUGCACGGCAUACAACAGGCCUUGGACUACGCCACAAAACUCCAAAGCAACUCUUCCUUGAACGUUGGAAGUUUUGUCAAGUCCCAAGCGUCAAGAUAUGGCCUAGAAUCCCUUAUGAGCCCCUCGAGAAUGUUAACCAGUCCCUCCAGAGUAUCCACGCGUCGAGUCGAGUCGUCCGGCAAAGUCAGUGGCACUGUAAUAUUUGGCACUGGUCCUCGGAUCAACGUUCUUGAACGUUCCGAACUUGUGUCCACAGAAAUGGAAAUUUUGAUAAGCAAUCUAGAAAAAGCUAGGCAAAAGGCGGCUAAACAACAUGCACUUUUGAAAGCUCAGUUAGAAGAAAUCGGAAUAAAAGAAACGCAUAUCAAAAAGGCUUCAGAGAUGUUUCAUCAAGAGGUGGUAGUUGAGGGGUGGGAUAAAAUUGCUCAGAGAAUCCCAGCAGAGAUUUGGAUAAGAUUCAUGACUGAAUGGGUCAAAAUAGCUGAUAGCCACAUCGGCAAAUUCAGACUUCGAACAAGCACUUUGAAUUCCCAAUACAGCAAUCUCAAAGGUCAGAUUAAAGUUAAAGCCGAAUUAAGUGAUAAUUUACGUGCCGUUGAUUUUGACAAACUCAAAAUUGAGAAUAAAGAAUGUUUAGAAACAAUUGAUUAUAAAUUACAACAACUGAGUGAGUUAAAGAAGAUGACAGGUGAUGCUAAUCUUAAUUUAACGGUGCAUAAGAAAGCAAUGAUGGAGCAAAAUGGAUAUUUGUCGAAUAUACUGAAUUCAAUUAAAGAGAAAUACUUAAAAACGGUGGAGUUAGAUAAAGAGAGACAUGUCAUUAAAAUACAAUCGGACAGUUUAGCUCAAAGGUUGGACGAUGUUAAAAAGGUGAGGUUAGCAUAUGAAGUGCCAGAUAUUAUGGAUUAUGUUAGCGUGAAAUCUGAAGUCGCUGAUUUGAAACACAGUGUCAAACUGUUGGAAAAUAGAUUACACAUCCAACAGAUUGCGCUGGCAUCACUACAUAAAAAAUUGAAAUCUUUAUUUAUAAAUGGACAGUAAAACUAUUUGAAUUACUCUACUAUUCAUUUGUUUGUUUAUAUUGCAUAUG